UGUAGGAGAGGCGCACGACAAUGACGUCACGGGCGCGCUAGGCCUCGGGGACGGUGUCUGGUGUGGCUCAGUAAGGCUUGCGGAGUUGGCGAACCGUGAGGAAGGAGGGAGAAACUGUAAAGUUCAGCUGUGGUGAGGCAGUAGCAGAGGAGAAAUGAUUGAACACAGCCUGUCACUGUGCUACCACAACAAACUCAUCUUAGCCCCUAUGGUUCGGGUAGGCACUCUCCCAAUGCGGCUGCUGGCCCUGGACUAUGGAGCAGACAUUGUGUACUGUGAGGAGCUGAUUGACCUCAAGAUGCUUCAGUGCAAGAGAGUUGUUAAUGAGGUGCUGAGCACGGUGGACUUUGUUGCCCCUGAUGACCGAGUAGUCUUCCGCACCUGCAAAAGAGAACAGAGCAGGGUUGUCUUCCAGAUGGGGACUUCAGAUGCAGAGCGAGCCCUUGCUGUGGCCAGACUUGUGGAAAAUGAUGUGGCUGGGAUUGAUGUCAACAUGGGCUGUCCAAAAGAGUAUUCCACCAAGGGAGGAAUGGGAGCUGCUCUGCUAUCAGACCCUGACAAGAUUGAGAAGAUCCUCAGCACUCUUGUUAAAGGGACUCGCAGACCUGUGACCUGCAAGAUUCGCAUCCUGCCCUCGCUGGAAGAUACCCUGAGCCUUGUGAAGCGGAUAGAAAGGACUGGCAUUGCUGCCAUUGCAGUUCAUGGGAGAAAACGGGAGGAAAGACCUCAGCACCCUGUAAGCUGUGAAGCCAUCAGAGCCAUUGCUGAAACCCUCUCCAUUCCUGUCAUAGCCAACGGAGGAUCUCAUGACCACAUCCAAGAAUAUUUGGACAUAGAGGACUUUCGACAAGCCACAGCAGCCUCUUCAGUGAUGGUGGCCCGAGCUGCCAUGUGGAACCCAUCCAUCUUCCUCAAGGAAGGUCUGCGACCCCUGGAGGAGGUCAUGCAGAAGUACAUCCGAUAUGCCGUGCAGUAUGAAAACCACUACACCAAUACCAAGUACUGCCUGUGCCAGAUGCUACGAGAACAGUUGGAGUCGCCCCAGGGAAGGUUGCUCCAUGCUGCCCAAUCUUCCCAGGAAAUUUGUGAGGCCUUUGGCCUUGGUGCCUUCUAUGAGGAGAAGACACGAGAGCUGAAUGCCCGGCGGGCUGAAUUCUUAGCCAGGACCCCAGAGGCAGCGGGAGAGCCAGCUGAAGACAUCUCUGGUGUCAUUAAGAUGGCUGUCAAGUUUGACCGGAGAGCAUACUCACCCCAGAUCACCCCCAAGAUGUGUCUGCUGGAGUGGUGCCGGAGGGAGAAGUUGGCGCAGCCUGUGUAUGACACGGUUCAGCGCCCCUUGGAUCGCCUCUUCUGCUCUAUUGUGACUGUUGCUGAGCAAAAGUACCAGUCCACCUUGUGGGACAAGUCUAAGAAAUUGGCAGAGCAGGCUGCAGCCAUCGUCUGUCUGCGGAGCCGGGGCCUCCCUGAAGGUCGGCUGGGUGAAGAGAGCCCUUCCUUGCAGAAGCGCAAACGGGAAGCCCCUGACCAAGAUCCUGGGGGUCCCAGAGCUCAGGAGCCAACAGUGCCUGGGAAGCUGUGCAAGAAACCCUUUGUGGCCUUGGGAAGUGGUGAAGAGAGCCCCCUGGAAGGCUGGUGACCAUUGUCCCUACCUUGGCCACCCCGUCUAGGGGCCUGGUCAUAAGUUGGCUGUAGGUGCAAAGCAUGAACCAGAUGCCAUUGGACAGUUUGUUGACUGUUCCUGGCAGGAGUUAAGAGGUCCUGGCCUGGGCUAUCAGCCUGAACCAAAGGGUUCCUAGGGUACACAUCUUCCUUGAUGGGUCUGAGUAGCAGGGCCAAGUUCCCAGUGACGUCAGUAUUUUCUUUGAAAACAGGAACUUUUUGGGUGGCACCUCCUCAACCUGACAUUGGUACAGUGCAAUAAAGACACCUCUACCCUUACCCGUGGCUGCCUGCUUCAGCCCCGGGCAUUGUCACGCACA